AUGGAAAACAGUGCUAGCAGUGACAUCGACAUGUCCAAACUUGGUGCUUCGGCCAAAGGACUGUUGACAACGUUCGAAAACGCCAAUGCAAGCCUGAUGGCAUCGGCACUGGUUACAACAACGGUUCAAUUUGCAACGGGUAAAGACAUGUCCGAAACAAUGUUGCGACACAGUGACUGUAAGGUGCAAAGCCGACCGGAAGCUUGCUUUAGCCGUAGCCCAAUGCAGGAUCUGUCCGACGAGGAUAUGUCGGAUUUUUCCUCCAACGAAAGUGACGCAAUGGAGGAGUUGGAUUUAAAAAUGACUGGCCACGUCCGCAGUGCUGACGAAGAUACUAGCGGCCAGGCACAUGACAGCAGUGGAUCGCUUGUGUCGGUAGUGCCGGUACUGAAUCUAUCCGGGACCAAGCUUGGAAUUGGUGGCGGUGGAUUAAAUGGGUCCGGUGCUGUGGUGAGAAAGAUGUUUACCAAUACAAGAGAGCGCUGGCGCCAGCAGAACGUGUCCGGUGCAUUUGCCGAGCUACGGAAGCUCGUUCCGACCCAUCCGCCGGAUAAGAAGCUGUCGAAGAAUGAAAUUCUUCGUAUGGCCAUACGCUACAUACGCCUGCUAACGAAUGUCCUCGAGUGGCAGAAGAAGCAGGAGGCUCACGAUCGCACUCCACUAAAGCAACGCAGCUCGCAACAGCAGCUGCAGCAGCUUAUGCAGUCCUCGCAAGCCUCGAACCACAUCGGUCAGCAUUCAAACAACGAGAACCAUUUCACGGGCAACUACCGCGAGAACGGGAACAAUCUGCUAAUGAUCGUCAGUCCCAAAUCGUUUGCCAAAGCUUCCAGCACGACUGUCCGUACCGGUAGGCCGGAAUCGAAGGUAGAACAGUGUGCUGAGAUCGAGAAAAUAAAGCUAGUCAGCAAGCUUUGUCCGGCGAGCAAGCUGCCCAAACCGGGCUCUACGAAUCUGGCUACGAAUGGUUCCGCAAGAAAUCGCCGCAAAACGAUGAGCAGUGGAACAUUACCGUUUCGGUCCGGACUGCACAUCAAAACCGAUCUACUGGCACUAUCGCAACCGUGUGGUAUGAUACCAACGAUGAUGGAAAACGAAAUAAAGCGUGAAUUGACCCACCAUGGCCAAAUGGUUUCGCUGGAAGGUGAAGGACACAGUCGGGAUGGAACACCCAAGAGGACUAAUGAAAAGGCUAUGGAAAAGCCAAAAUAG